AUGCGUCUCCUUCAACGGAAUGAUAAUGGCGUAUUUGAACUCACCAGACAUUUCGCCGUGGAGGAACUUCCUAGCUAUGCUAUACUGUCACAUACUUGGCUGUCAGAAAAUGACCAGGAAGUUAGUUACGACGAUCUAAUACAGAGCAACGCCGAAUCUAAGCCCACCGGCUACUCCAAAAUCCAAUUUUGUGGCGAACAAGCCGCCAAAGAUGGCUUAGAAUACUUCUGGCUGGAUACCUGCUGUAUUAACAGGAACAGUAGCGCUGAACUCCAGGAAGCGAUAACAACAAUGUUUGUUUGGUAUCGCAACGCCACUCGGUGCUACGCGUAUCUGACAGAUGUUUCAGUCAAAAAGACACCUCGCAGUGUCACGGCUGAUGAACCUACACGCCCAUGGGAAUUGGCCUUUCGUCGUAGCAGAUGGUUUACUCGAGGUUGGACGCUCCAAGAGCUCCUUGCCCCUGCAUCCGUCGAAUUCUUUUCUGCUGAAGGUAUACGACUAGGAGACAAGAAAUCCCUCCAGUCAGUUAUCCAUGAGAUUACAGGAAUCCCAUACGAGGCUCUCCGAGGUGACGCAGUGACGAAUUUUACUGUUGAUCAGCGGCUGUCAUGGGCAGCUAACCGACAGACAAAACGCAAAGAAGACAAGGCAUAUUGCCUAUUAGGAUUGUUCAAUAUUUUUAUGCCUCUCUUGUAUGGCGAGGGAGACCACGCGUUUGAAAGAUUACGACAGGAGAUUGAUAGGAAAGACGCAGAGAACGCCAAACGGGAUUACCUCCUGACCACGUUACCUGUCGCCUCAGAAGCAGCUUUCAAUUCGCGCCACAAUCAGCACGAACCAACCUGUCUCCCGAAUACCAGGAUGGAGCUACUCCUAGAGAUCGAACACUGGCUCGAGAGCCCCGACGAAAGGUGCAUCUUCUGGUUGAACGGGAUAGCGGGCACGGGCAAGUCUACCGUGGCUCGGACCGUCGCCAGGACUUAUUAUAACCGUGGUAAACUGGGAGCGAACUUUUUCUUUUCGCGAGGUGGUGGCGAUCUUGGCAAUGCCAUCAAGCUAGUUACAACUCUUUCCCGACAGCUAGCGGCUAGGUUACCUCCCGUAAGACCCUACAUAUGUGAGGCUAUCGAUGGGCAGGAAGAUGUUAUGGGUCUAUCCUUAAAAGACCAAUGGCAGAGGCUAAUAAUCAACCCGCUAUCAAAACUUCAUUUCAACCACCCUCGACCGACAGUUCUAAUUGUGAUUGACGCUCUGGAUGAGUGCGAAAAUGAAGGAGACGUCCGAAUCUUGAUAAGGACCUUGAGUACCGCCAGAACGCUCACUAAUAUCCGGCUGCGAAUCUUCGUCACAAGCAGGCCUGAAAUCUUGAUCCGCCAUGGUUUUACAAAGAUACCAGAGGUGGAACGCGAGGUCUUUGCCCUUCACGAAAUCUCGCCAGAUAUAGUCGACCGGGACCUCAGCAUCUUCUUUGAGAAUCACUUCUCGGCGAUCCGAGAAGAACGUGGCUUCGACGACGACUGGCCCGGUAUGAGAAUCAUAAAACGUCUUGUCGAGAUUUCCUGUGGUCUCUUCAUAUGGGCCUCAACUGCGUGUCGUUUCAUCCGCGAAGGUAGACGGCUUGCCAAGAGCCGGAUCAAGAUUCUAAUCAAUGGGUAUAGAUCUGGUGCGGGUCCAGAAAAGCAACUAGACCUCAUAUACACCAACGUCCUUCGAAAUUCGAUCCAGCAGGACUACAACGAGAAAGAAAAGGAAGAGUUAUACGGCAUGCUUCGAGAAGUUCUUGGGAGCAUCGUGAUCCUCUGCUCUCCCCUUUCUAUGGAAUCAUUGGCAAAGUUGCUCGCAAUUCCCCUGGAUGAUAUCAAGGAUACCCUUGCCGACUUGCAUACCAUCUUCAACAUCCCUCCCCAAACGUCAUAUCCCCUUCGUCUACAUCAUCCCACAUUUCGUGACUUCCUUCUAAAUAAGGAGCGGUGUAGUGAUCUCGAUUUUUGGGUGGACGAGAAACAGGCCCACCAAGCUUUAGCCGACAGCUGCCUCGCCCUUAUGUCGAAGAAACUCAAAAGUGACAUAUGUGGCCUCGGAUCACCCGGCACUCUUGUGGACGACAUCGACCCCGAUUUAAUAGAACGAUGUAUCUCUCCAGAUCUCCAAUACGCUUGUCUCUACUGGGUUGAGCAUUGCCGACAGAGUGGGAGGCGUCUCGCCGAUGGUGAUCCAAUCGACCGCUUCUUCAGGGAGCACUUCCUUCAUUGGCUCGAGGCUAUUAACCUAAUGGGUAAGAGCGCUGAAAUGGGUGCCAUCAUAAGAUUGUACCAUGCCCUCCUUAUGCCAGAUGCUAAUCCACGUCAAUUACCGUUCGUCAAAGAUGCAAGGCGAUUCAUCUUCAAAUUUCAGAAUAUCAUCAAACGGGCACCCCUCCAAACAUACUGCGCGGCGCUUUCUUUUGUCCCCUCGACCAACGAAUUGAAAUUUCAAUUUCGAAGUCAGAUGCAUCCUUGGAUCAAAGGUAUCCGAAUCGCCGAAGCAGAUGUACCGGCGGCUAAGGAUGAGUUCAACUAUGUUAGUGACCUAGCGUUCACGCCGGAUAGCAAACAAAUUGCAUCGGGAUCAAAUUUCGAGGCCGUCAGAUUUUGGGACGUAGCAUCAAAAACCACGCUUGCCAAAUACGAGGGUGCGACAGAUAAGAUGAGUUCAGUUGCCAUCUCGCCCGAUGGAAUGACCAUCGCGGCGGGUUCGGAUGACUUCACAGUCAUGGCAUGGGACAUUAAAACAAGGGCAUUGCGGUAUUCCAUCAAAGCCCAUUCUGGCUGGGUCAACUCCGUAUUCUUCUCACCGGAUGGAAAGAUCCUUGCGUCUGGCGCUAUGGACGAAACAAUCGCGCUUUGGGAUGCGCUUACUGGGCGGGAAAUUAAACGGAUUGACAACCAGUCGAGCUGUGUUAACACCGCCACCUUUUCUCCAGAUGGUUCAUUAAUCGCGACGGGCUCCGUCGACGGGAUGAUCAGGCUCUGGGAUGUUUCAAAUGACUCGGAAGAUAUACGCUUAAUACUCGACGGCCAUUCAGGUUGUGUCAACUCCGUCCGAUUCUCUCCAAAUGGAAAUCGAAUCGUCUCUGGCUCUGAUGAUAUGACAAUCAAGCUUUGGGGUACCACCACAGGAACAGAGUAUAUGACGCUUAAGGGACAUACGAAAAAGGUCAUGGCUGUCGCAUUUUCGCUGGAUUCUCAUCUUAUCGCAUCCGGUUCUGAAGAUAAGACUGUCAGAAUCUGGGACGCUGUAAAUGGCACCGCGGUAGCUAUUCUGAGAGACCAUACGAGCGGCCUCAACUCUGUUCUAUUUUCUCCUAACGGCAAGCUACUCGCAUCAAGUUCCUUUGACGACGAAGUAAGGCUCUGGGAUACAAAUACUUGGGCACUAGUCGGUAAGCUUGACGACUUCGAGGAGGAUAUCAACCCUGGCAUACUACCCAGCCGACAAUCUUCUACUAUAUCUACAGGAGAGAUGAUGGAAAGUGUUAUGCCAUCCAAGGGCCACUCUAGCACAAUUACUCGCGUAGUAUUCUCGCCGGAUGGCCAAUGGCUUGCUUCCGGUUCAGAAGACGCGACGAUUAAGAUCUGGCUGAGGAAAAGGGAGCACCAUAAACUUGGAGGCCAUUCCGAUAGAAUCAACGACCUUGCAUUUUCGCCGGAUAGCGAUCUCAUAGCGUCAGCCUCGGCUGACAAGACUGUGAGGCUAUGGAGUGUAGCAACUGGAGUGGCUUCUCACAUAUUUGAAGGCCAUUCGGAUAGUGUCCUCGCUGUCCUCUUCUCACCAGAUGGCCAACUCGUCGCUUCGCGUUCCAAUGACACUACAAUUAUACUCUGGGACCCAUCAAUAGGAGUGGCACUGGGUAAAGUAGAAGGCCACUCAGGACCGGUCAAUGGUAUCGCUUUCUCGCCGGACAAUCGCUUUAUUGUGUCAUGCUCAGUGGAUACGACGGCUCUUCUUUCCGACCUAGAAAACAAUGCAGCAUCUGUAAUGCUCCGAGGUCACACCGGCCCGGUCAAUUCAAUUGCAUUCUCAUCAGACAGCAAACUACUCGUGUCUGGUUCAGAGGAUUCUACCAUCAGAUUUUGGAGCAAAUUGGGGGCGGGAACUGGCGUAAUAAGGGACACACUUCCUAUUAAUUCCGCAUGUUUCUCUCCCGACAGUCAGCUGAUGGCUUCUUGCUCGAUUGACGGGACUAUCAGACUCUGGGACCCGAUCUCCAAGUCCGCGGUAGGCUCACUCAAUGUAGGUACAGUUGUUCGAAAUCUUUCCUUUUCUAGUUGCGGCCAAUACCUUGAGACUGACAGAGGAGUAUUGAAUAUUGCCUCUUUUAACAUUCCUUCUUCCUCUUCUCUCUUUUCUUCUACCCGUCCAUAUUCCCUAUUUGUAACUCACGAUUGGCUGAGGAGAGAUAUGGAAAAUGCACUUUGGCUUCCUAAUGAGUACCAUGCGACCGACGUGGCUACCUGGGGUAACUUAAUUGUACUGGGGCAUUCAACCGGGUCAAUUUCAUUUAUCGAGUUUAGGAUAUGA